AUGCGGAGCAUGGAAGACUAUCCCCCCUUCUCAAAGAGGAAGACUUCCUCAACAGGUCUUUCGGCCCCUUCCGAUAAGUCAGGCGACAGCCCAGAGCCGUCGUCGGCUAUCAAUACAGUGCCACGCAAGUUCACCCAACUGCCUCCAGUUUCAGCUCUGCGAUCGAUUCUGAGCACCUACUUCCAGCACUGCCAGAACCAACCAUACGUCUACUUCCGUGAAGAGUCGUUCUUUCGUCGCCUGGACAACGGUGAACUCCCGCAAUACCUGCUCAUGGCUAUGAUCGCAAUCGCCGCGCGCUUCUCAACCGAUCCUUUUUUCGAGUCCAAAACACUCGAGGCUACAGAGGCAUAUGGUCGGACCGCCUGGAAUGAAAUCUUUGAUAAAGCGUUUGCCGACGAUCAUCAUCUGCUCGAGAUCCACGCGGUUCAAGCCACGAACAUGUUGGCAGUGGUAGACUUCACAGCUGGUCGCCACCAUCUCGGAUGGGUCAAAAUAGGACUCGCAGUUAGAUUCGCUCAGAGCCUGCAGCUCAACUCCGAACCACGAGUGGCUUUAUCGUACGAAGAGGAGGACGAGAGGCGUCUGACUUUUUGGUCAGUCUACAUGCUCGAUCGGCUAUCCUCGUGUGGUGCAUUUAGGCCGCCGGCCAUCUCAGAUACCGAUUGUUCGACCCUCCUGCCUACGGACAACCCUGACGUGGGUUGUAACACUCUUGACCUCAGAACACUGGGGGAAUUCUAUGGGGACGACAAGACCGAUGAUUUGGAUUCGUUUGCGCACACCAUUCUGAUGGCCUCGGCCCUGGGCCGGGUGGAACGCCAGAUGCUCCAGAAACAGGGCUGCAACGACCCUUACCCUCCAUGGGACUCACGAAGCGACUUCGCAGCCAUAUACAGCAUGCUCUUGAGUUUCGAAGGGUACUCGAAAAUCACGGAUGUGAUGUUUUCAGAGGCGAUUAUAUCUCGAUAUAUCCUGCCCGACGGUUCGAUUGACCACGCAGCGGCCGGCCACUUCGUCUUCUCGACAAUGCUAUACCACAUGAAUCAGUGUCUGCUGCACCAUCCCUUCUUACUUCGAAAACGGCUCGAAUCAUGCAGAGCCCGGGUCCCGCUGAGCUUCUUGCGCGAAAUCCUCCGCCGCUCUCUAGAGCAUGCUUACCAACUGAUAUUCACGCUUCGAACGGUGCAGAAACACGGAAUGACCUUCACCUCAUUCUACGGGUAUGCAAUGACGGUUGCUGGGGUAAUCUGCAGACUAUUUGCAUACCACGACGACGAGGCCACACGUAAUACGGCAAAGCAGCUCUACGAGUACUCUCUGGAAUUUCUGGAGCGGGGGCAGGCGUUUUGGGGCCAUUACCCUGGAAUGGCCAUUGCCCUCAAAAACUUCAAUCCAGAUGCGACAUCUGCUCGAUCGCUUGUGACAGCGGCUCAUCCCCCAGAGCUCUCGCGGGACUCCAACACGGAGAUGAUAGACAACCUCCUUGACUAUGGCUGGCUGUCGGAUCCAGCUCGGUACAAAUCCAUGACUGUUGACGGGUUUCAGAUCUCCGACCUGUCCCCCAAAUCGCUGCAUGUGGAUAAUGUCCAAGAUGGCACCAACUCGGCCACUCACACAGCAAUAUUAAAUGCGUCGUCAACGACGGCCAACACGAUUGAACCGACGAGUCGAGUGAUGCCAUCGUCAAAGCCUCUUUCUCCGCAACGUGAGAAUGUUAGUUCAGAGCACUUUGACUUUGACAGCCACACUCCUCUCCCAGACGAACUGAACAUGGAUUUCAUCACUCACGCGGAUCUGGUCCCGGAGGACUCGUGGAGUGAUUUUAUCGCUGCCGGCAAAACCACCCCGUUCUCAUUUCCUCCACCAGCUCCGUCCACUGCGAUGUGGACGCAAAUGAUGGAGUAA